GUGUUCAGUAGUCACGUUUUCUCAUCCGAAGUUAGGUUAAUUAUAAACAAACAACUCCAUCGUUCUCCAGUCUGCUACUAUCUGGGAAUCGUCUUCAGGUUUCUCUUUCCAUAAUGGCUUUGUUCGGCUCAAAUAUGCCCAGUGAGGUUGGGUUGCGCUUGCUCCUUUGCCCCCUAGGUUCCAACAUCGUCGUCCGAACAGCAUGCUGUUCAGUGGGGGUUGCCUUGCCUGUUUACUCUACUUUUAAAGCAAUUGAGACAAGAGACCAAACUGAGCAACAGAGGUGGCUAGUGUACUGGGCAGCUUAUGGAUGCUUUAGUAUUGCUGAAGUUUUCACUGACAAAUUAAUCUCAUGGUUUCCGCUAUAUUACCACAUGAAGUUUGGAUUUCUUGUCUGGCUUCAACUUCCAUCUGUUGAUGGGGCAAAGCAAUUGUAUGUGACUCAUCUGCGUCCAUUUCUGUUGAAGCAUCAAGCUAGACUGGAUCAAAUUGUGGAGUUUUCCUAUGGUGAAAUGGGUAAAUUUGUAAGCGCGCACCAAGCAGAAAUACAGUUUGCAAAAACACUUCUUGUGAAGAUGUGGAUGUCAGCAAACGAAAUGGCAAACGAUAUCUUGCACCCUGGGCAGAGACGAGGAACUGGUGCAAUUGAAGGCCCAAGAACACUCCGCAGCCGAGCCAACGAUGUAAUUGAAGGUCCGGAAACUCAAGUAGAGAACUCGGAAUCAGAAAAUGAUGAGUGAUGGGGGUCUGUUUUGUUUGUCUUUGAACGAUUCUCCCAUUGUUCUCUUCAGCAGCUCUUUUUUCCUUAGUGCAGUAUAUAGGUCACAGUUUUCUCUGCAGUAAAUUUUUUUUUCAAAAAAUCUAGUCUGUAAUGUGCCUGGCAUUUGGCAAAAACUAUUGGCAAGUGGAUAAGUUCGAAAUCAAUCUAAUCAUCUGUUUACGCAAA